AUGGUUCAAAAUUCAGGACACGUCCCCAAGGAGCUAGGCGACUUGGAGAACCUUCGAGAGCUUUAUUUGCACAACAAUAGUCUAACAGGAGUCAUCCCGACGGAGCUGGCAAACUUGAGUGCUCUUUCGGAGUUCGAGUUUGGAAACAACGGACUGAAGACGUUCUUGCGCCGUGGCGACAAGCUUACCGGAGGACCGGCAAAGGGCGAGGGGCUUGAUUCGUGGAGGGAACGAAUGGGGCGCAACCCGAAGACGACACCGCAGACACUCACGGGCGAUAAAAAGGAGGAGGACGCUCCCGCACCUCGAACCUCUCCCCCUCCGGUCUUGCUACCGCAGCAGCAGCAGAUUGACGCGGGCGACGAAACCGAGGAGGAUGCCCCGGUGCCGCUUGGCUCCCCCAACUCGAGGGAGGUGGUGGUGGAGGAACGCGUGCGUUCUCCGGAACAUGCUUCCCUGUCCCCAGGGAAGGCAGAAGAAGUGGACCCGAUGGUCAGAGCGCAGUUUUCGUCCUCUGCAGGGCUAGGUCCACUCAUCAGGGAGAACCCUGAAGCUCUGGAGGACAUCCAACGGGUCAUUGAGGCAACAACCGUUAGAAGCAUUCAUCCCGAUGAUGAGCUUAGCGACAUACAGAGUCGCCGGAACCUCGGUACGUUGGUGACCAUGUCAACGGCGCUAGGCGAGGUUGCGCUGAAGCAUACCGAGGACAUGAGCGUCCGGCGGAAGGAGCUGGCCUUGCCUCCGUUUUCUAAAGAAUACUACUCCGCCGUCAGAAGUGGUCUAUGUCAGGCGUACCUCGCCGCCAGCGUCAUCGACAGUAACUGGGUGUCCACGAGCAAGACCGGCGGCAUGGGCAAGGUAGGAGCGGCCUUGAAGCUGAUGUCGGGCGCCGUUCCUUUGAUCGGUGGACUGCCCAAACUAGCAGGCAAAGCGUUGGAGGCUGGAGACACCUAUCUCCAAACUCGGCGACUGGUAAAGAUCACGGCUAUGGCUCCUGACACGGUGGAGUGUUGCUCUCUGGCGAGAAGGUUGGCCCUUCAACUAACCGACGGUCUCAGAAACAACGCCAGCGCCACGGACGACGAUAACAACCAAGUUUGGGUGAACACCACGGCGGGCGGGUCUGGAUGUGGCCGAGGCGCAGAUAUGAUGCCUGGGGACAUGAGCGAAGAGGACGUCUUUAAAUACUUGCUUGAAGAGGUGACCGCCUACGAACGAAACGACCAUGGCGGGAAGCGACUGGGCAAGAAGCACCUUCGCAAGCUGUUGAAAGCUAUUCAGGGAGGUUGCCUUGACGGCUCAAAUGGCACCGUACAAAAGAUCAAGAUCCUUCUACUGGAGAUUCUUCCCGAGGCUGAUGAUAAACCCGCCGCAACGCCCGGCACGCCGAAGGAAGUGAUGGUCCGAUCUCCGCCUGCUGGGGCGGCCGCCCACGACAGCGGGUUGCCCUCAAGGGCAGAGUUUGCCGCCAUACAGGCAGAGUUAGCAGCCUUGAAAUCCGCCAAGGACAAGCAACAAGCGGAGCUGGAAGAGCAGCAAGCAAAACUCGUAGCAGUGGAGUCCGUCAAGGAAAAGCAGCAAGCUGAGCUGGAAGCUCUCAAGUCCGGCAGGCGACAGCAGAAAGCAGAGCUGGAAGGGUUGGCGUCCGCCAAGGAUGAGCUCGAGCGCAAGGUGAAAAAACUGGAGGAACAUGUCCCAGAGCUCGACAGUGAGCCGGACGAUGAUGUGGAUUUCGGGGGUGAGCUGGCUCUCAGGCGAAGGGUGGCUGUAUCAGAGACGGCGAAAGGGUUUUUGGACAGAGCUCGAGAUAGAGCGGCGAGAGCGGCUGAUCACCAUCCGGUGACUGUCUCCGAACAAAGAGAGUUCGAGGCACUGCAGAAUGAAAAGCACCGUGAACACGAAGCGAGAUUGAGAGAGCUUGAAGGACAGAUCAGUAAGGCCACCAUACGAAAGGGACGUCGAUGACCCUCCAUUCGCGCGCGCGGGAGAGCGGACAAAUACCCUACAACAGGGCGUGAUCGCCGCUUAUAAAGCUUCGGCUCGAAUUGUCUCCUUGCUGUGGCGUUUGCGGCUGGCGCAUGGUUCCAUGGUGCCAUCCAUCGCCAUGACCGAGGGAGACGUCAACCAGAUGCUGUUGUUUCCACGUACCGUGGCACGAGGAAGAGGCGGAGGAAAUCGCAACAGAGAGCGCUGAAUCGAAACGGUUGUGUUGCGUUAUUGUUUCUAUUGGCGUUGGUUGUCUCUGCCUACCUGGGAAUAUGCAACUUUCGAUCGGAUUACUGUUUGGUUGGUUUCUCGACGCCCGUUCUAGUCGUUGGUACCAGCUUGUGCGAAGUAGGAGUAUCCCCGACACCCGAAGAUCUGGGUGCACCGGUAUGGAUACGGCUUGGUGAGAAUCCCCGCGUGAGACCUUUCCGGCGUGGAGGGGUAGCAAGGAAUAUAGAUUGAUAUCCAGGAUGCAGCCAAAUUCCUCUCACGACGUGCGUGGGUUCCUGCCGGUCGAUGUUUGGCUUGAAACCUCUCGCACGUGCACAGCUUCCUUGGUUUUGCGGGGAGCAAGUACCGUAUCCCCUGUGGUGGACAAGAUAGGGAAAAAAUGAAGCAACGGUCGUUGCCUCAGUGGCACGGGAAAGGCACGUGCUUGCAAGAUGUUUGAUUAUCGUUCCUGUUCUCCCGCAGCUGUUGCACAAGGACAGGCAAGCGUUUCGGCAAAUUGCAACAAGUUUGACUGCAAAGCAACUAGUUGGUCGGCUAGAUGAAAUUUGUCAAACGGGUCGUCGACUCGAUUUAGUUCGACACCAACCCCGGCAGGACAAGGACUACGACCAGAGAACGGUCGCGUUCCAUGUCUGCCACGAUACUGCGUGCUGGACAGGUGGCGGUUGUCUGAA